AUGAAACAUAAUCGAGAAAUUCAUCGAGCUAAAAUAUUAUUAAUUGAUGAUGUUGAUGUUUUCUUUAGUCGAGAGUUCUAUGGUAAUGUAUAUACACCAUCAGCUAGUUUACAAGAUCCAACUAUUACAUCUUUAAUUAAUCUUAUUUGGACUCAGAGAAAAUCAAAAUUGAAAUUGAAUAGAGUAAUAGCUACGAAUGAAUAUAAAGCUUGUUGUGAUAGAUUUCCAAAUUGA